AUGAAGAGAUCUGUGGUACACACCUCGGAGCCCGAAGUCUUUAUUCAAAAAUCCUCAGAGCUGGAUUAUAUUGGCCGACAAUACGACAAGAUUGUUAGGCAAAAGUCAAAAGCUGUAACAACUGCCAAAAACACAGUCCGAUUACACAUCUCCCAGCCGAACUCCUACACUGUUCCGAGAAAGAAACUAGAUGAUGCAAAGGGCCUCUGGGCCGAGCUUAUCCCGGAGAUCACAUGGGGAUACAAUACAACAAUUCACUCAACCACAAAGGAAACACCUUUCCGCUUGGUCUAUGGCUCAGACGCAAUGAUACCUGUGGAGAUCUCCCAAUCCUCACUACGCACAGAAUUGACCGACCUAACUACACAAGACAUAGCUCGGCAAACCGAACUUGAUCUCAUUGAAGAACUCCGAUCAUCCGCAGCAAUCAAAUAUUUAGCAAUGCAACAGCACAUUGCCCGUAGAUAUAACCAAAGACUUCAACCAAGAUCUUUCCAAGUCCACGACCUUGUACUCAGAAAAACAGCACAAGCUAGGAAACCACCAGCACAUGGCAAACUAGCAGCUAAUUGGAGGGCCCUUACAGAGUCACAGAAGUAA